CGUGACGCGGCGCUCAGUGAUUGGCUGCCGGCUGCCAGUGUGUCCCGGAAGCAGCUGGCGGAGCUAGGCACGGUGUGAGGAGGUAACCGGCAGGAUGCUGCCGCUAUCUAUCAAAGACGAUGAGUAUAAACCGCCCAAGUUUAGCCUGGUGCAGAAAGUAUCCGGCUGGGCCAGAUCCAUCUUUUCUGACUCCACAUCCAGAAACCUCUUCUGCUUCCUGUGCUUGAACCUGUCUUUUGCGUUUGUAGAGCUGUUCUAUGGCAUCUGGAGCAACAGUCUGGGCCUGAUCUCUGAUUCCUUCCAUAUGUUUUUUGACUGCACGGCGUUGCUAGCCGGACUGGCAGCUUCAGUUAUCUCCAGGUGGAAAACCAACGAGGCGUUCUCAUAUGGGUAUGUCCGCGCAGAGGUCCUGGCAGGAUUUGUCAAUGGGUUGUUCCUGAUCUUCACUGCGUUUUUCAUCUUCUCAGAAGGGGUGGAGCGGGCACUUGACACUCCAGAGGUGCACCAUGAACGGCUGCUCCCAGUUUCCAUUCUGGGCUUGCUGGUGAAUCUUGUUGGGAUAUUUGUGUUCCAGCACGGAGGGAACCACCACGGCCACUCGCAUGAUUCUGGGCACGGUCACAGUCAGAACUUGUUUAAUGGGGCUCUAAGCCACGGGCACAGCCAUGGAGGGGGCCACGGGCACAGUCAUGGAGGAAGUCAUGGACACAGUCAUGGAGGUGACCACGGGCACAGCCACAGUUUUGGAUCAGAUGAGCCGCCCGAGGAACAUAAGGGUUCCAGCAAGCAGAUCUUGGAGGGUAAGUUUAGCAACGGCUCCAUAUGCUGCGAUGCUGUGUGCCCAUAUGCUGCGAUGCUGUGUGCCCAUAUGCUUGCGAUGCUGUGUGCCCAUAUGCUGCGAUGCUGUGUGCCCAUAUGCUGCGAUGCUGUGUGCCCAUAUGCU